UACCUAUUUCAAGUUAAACAAUUCAACAAUAAACAUUUAUAUAGAAUAAUAAUAACGGCGAUGAUUUCGUAAAGCCCUUGAUGCUACUACUGCUGCUGCUGCAGUUGCUGGUUCUGUGAUAAAACAAUUGAAAUUUUCUUUUUCAACAUACCCUUGACCUUUACUUAAGUCGAGUACUUACAUGUAAUAGAAGCCCGCAUUUUUCGCAUAACUAUUAUCGGCGAGACAUUGAAAUAAAAUAGGUUUUGCUAAAAUAUAUUAAAAUAUGGUCAAGGUGAUUGAGAGACCCCACCAAAAAAUAUUAUUGUUCGUAUUUUGUAUAAAAACAGUUCUGAAGAAUUUUGGAGUUCACAGUUCAACUCGCAAUCACAAACAAAUUGUAUACUUACCUAAAACAAAAGAAAAACAAAAAAGAAAUACAGAAAAAUGCCGGUCGUACGUGAAGUGAAGAUCGCGAUCAUUGCGGCCGUUGUUUUCUCACACGUCAUCUGCUCGACUGUUUUUGGUGCACCCAACGCCAAAAAGAUGCCACGAUCUAGAUUUCCAUCGAAUUUUAUUAACACAGACGACGAAUGCAAUUGUGAAUGUGGAAUGGCUAGUAGACAUUUGCGGGUCGUUGGAGGGAAUGACACCGAAAAACAUGAGUUCCCGUGGAUUGUAGGGCUUCUCCUGGACGGGGACUUCAUUUGUGGAGGGACUUUGAUUACCAGGAGGCAUAUUGUAACUGCUGCACACUGCAUAGAAGGAUUCGAUAAAAAUCAGGUUUCUGUGGUAUUCGGGGACCAUGAUCGCGAAGACGUGAAUCGUUUUAGCACAACAGUUAUCAGGGGUAUCGAAAGAUCUGUGAUACACGACGAUUUUAACGCUUUCAAUUAUAACAACGACAUCGCCAUUUUGGAACUCGAUGAUCCGGUAAAUUUCGACUACAAAAUACAACCGGCGUGUCUUCCAGAUUCAGAAUUUUCCGAUUAUGUCGGAAAAUACGCAGUGGUAGCUGGUUGGGGAAGGCUCAAAGAAAAGUCAGAAACUUCGGCCGUUUUACAAAAGGUUGUGGUGCCCAUUUGGUCCAAGGAAGACUGUUCUGGGUCAGGGUAUGGCGAAUUUCGGAUUACAGACAAUAUGUUUUGCGCCGGAUAUCCCGAAGGAAGCAAGGAUGCUUGCGAGGUAUCUAAUAUAGACCAGAAAAAAUGGACAGAUAGAUACACGAGUUAUCUGAUUAGGGUUCCGGUUUUCAUUCGGACAAAAACAAAAAAGAAAUACAGAAAAAUGCCGGUCGUACGUGAAGUGAAGAUCGCGAUCAUUGCGGCCGUUGUUUUCUCACACGUCAUCUGCUCGACUGUUUUUGGUGCACCCAACGCCAAAAAGAUGCCACGAUCUAGAUUUCCAUCGAAUUUUAUUAACACAGACGACGAAUGCAAUUGUGAAUGUGGAAUGGCUAGUAGACAUUUGCGGGUCGUUGGAGGGAAUGACACCGAAAAACAUGAGUUCCCGUGGAUUGUAGGGCUUCUCCUGGACGGGGACUUCAUUUGUGGAGGGACUUUGAUUACCAGGAGGCAUAUUGUAACUGCCGCACACUGCAUAGAAGGAUUCGAUAAAAAUCAGGUUUCUGUGGUAUUCGGGGACCAUGAUCGCGAAGACGUGAAUCGUUUUAGCACAACAGUUAUCAGGGGUAUCGAAAGAUCUGUGAUACACGACGAUUUUAACGCUUUCAAUUAUAACAACGACAUCGCCAUUUUGGAACUCGAUGAUCCGGUAAAUUUCGACUACAAAAUACAACCAGCGUGUCUUCCAGAUUCAGAAUUUUCCGAUUAUGUCGGAAAAUACGCAGUGGUAGCUGGUUGGGGAAGGCUCAAAGAAAAGUCAGAAACUUCGGCCGUUUUACAAAAGGUUGUGGUGCCCAUUUGGUCCAAGGAAGACUGUUCUGGGUCAGGGUAUGGCGAAUUUCGGAUUACAGACAAUAUGUUUUGCGCUGGAUAUCCCGAAGGAAGCAAGGAUGCUUGCGAGGGUGACAGCGGCGGCCCAUUGAACAUGAAAAAUAGUAAAGGAACAACAGAAAUAAUUGGGAUCGUGUCGUGGGGCAGGGGGUGUGCACGACCCAAUCUGCCCGGAAUUUAUACAAAAAUAACGAAUUAUAUGAGUUGGAUUCACGAGGCAAUCGAAGGCGAAUGCCUUUGCUCUGCUAGAAUAAACCCCAGAAUCGCGUCGAAAGCUCCUAGAGGAAAGUUCCUGUUCAACGAACUGGGAACGAUUGUCAAUUUUCUAACGGGAAACACAAACGACGUCGACGAUGAGGAAUACGACACCAAUAAAGUCAGAAAUUGCACAUGCGAAUGCGGUCUAGCGAAUCACGAAAACAGAAUAGUUGGCGGUAUGCCGUCGGGGGUGAACAGGUACCCCUGGAUAGCAAGGCUGGUCUACGAGGGGCACUUUCACUGUGGAGGUUCCUUAUUGACCGAAGAUUUCGUUCUAACAGCUGCCCAUUGCGUGAGAAGGGUGAAACGUUCAAAUCUUCGUGUCAUACUGGGAGACCACGACCAAUCCACCACGGACGAAGCCCCCGCGAAAAUGAGGGCCGUGGCCUCCAUAAUAAAACAUUACAAUUUCGAUUCUAAUUCUUACAAUCACGACAUUGCGUUGUUGAAACUGAGAAAAAAGGUCAAGUUCAGCGAAAACAUUCGGCCAAUUUGUUUGACGAGUUCAGACGAGGAUCCCGCUGGAAAAAUGGGAACUGUGGUGGGAUGGGGUCGUACCAUGGAAGGGGGAAUGAUACCCAACGUGGUGCAAGAGGUUCAAGUGCCCAUCUUCACGUUAGCCCAGUGCAGGGCUAUGAAGUACAGGGCGUCCAGGAUCACGAGUUACAUGUUGUGUGCGGGAAAGGGGUCCCAGGACUCUUGUCAAGGAGACAGUGGAGGACCGUUGGUCGUUUCGAACGGGAAUAAAUACGAAAUCGUUGGCAUAGUGUCAUGGGGUGUUGGAUGUGGAAGGCCUGGAUAUCCCGGAGUUUACACAAGGGUGUCCCGAUAUCUCAACUGGAUUGAAACAAACCUGGACGGAUCCUGUUUAUGUUCGUGA